CGCCGGCCGUCCUCGCGCGCGCGGGACCGUCUAGCGUCUCUCGGCUCGUAGGCGUCAUGGCGCAGCGGGACAAGAAGGUGGAGGAGCCGACGGAGGUGCACCUGCACGCCGCGGAGAUCACGCUCUGCGCCAACAGCUGCGGCUUCCCGGGCAACCCGGCCACCAAGAACCUCUGCCAGAACUGCUUCCUGGCGUCCUCCUCCUCCUCGCCGUCGCCCUCCGCCGCCUCGCCGCCGUCCCCUUCCUCCUCGCCCGCGGCCGCGUUCCCGCUCUUCGACAAGCCGAGGCCGGCCGCCGCCGCGUCGCCGGCCGCGCCCGUCUACAUGGCCGUCGACCGGCCUGCCGCCGGGCCGGCGGACCCGAAGGCGUCCAAGUCGUCGGUGAACCGCUGCCACAACUGCCGGAAGCGCGUGGGCCUGACGGGGUUCCGCUGCCGGUGCGGCGAGAUGUUCUGCGGCGCGCACCGGUACUCGGACCGGCACGACUGCAGCUACGACUACAAGUCGGCGGCCAGGGACGCCAUCGCCCGGGAGAACCCCGUCGUGCGCGCCGCCAAGAUCGUCCGGUUCUGAUCACCACGACUACAAAUCCGAAGCAGCAGAGCCCACUCUUUUCCUUUCUUUCCUUUGAAAAAAUUAAAGGCGUCCCCGAGAGUUUCAAAAAAAAGGAGAGGAAGGUGGGUGAAAGAUGGCGAUGGGGCGGCCACGACGAAGAAACAGUGCGAUGAUAAGGUUGUUGUUGUAGCGGUGGUUGGCGGUGGAGGGAAGAGAGGAGAUGAGGAAGAUGGGGUUGGUGUGUACUGUUGUCCCACGAUCUCUAUUUAAUUCAAAUUUCCCUAUUGUAUAAA